AUGCAAACAGCCCUCGUGUGCCUGUGCCUGUGCCUGCUCAGCACGGCCCUCUCAACACCUGUGAGUAUGGCUCUCCCCGGCUUCCCAGCGUGCUGCCAAAAGCGUGGGGUGUACCACCCAGUGCCGCCACCGCUGCCUAGGAGAGCUGCCGGGAACUGCAUGGGACAGCACCGGAUACUGCUGAAAGGCUGCAAUGCCAAGCAUGGCUUUUAUGUUUUCAAAUAUGUCUACUCAUUUUCAACGCGGAGGAACCAGACACAGAUAAAGAAGGAAGAGGCCGACAGCCAGAGCACCAUCCCCGGUCACCAGCUGAGCGAGGAUAAUGCCAGGUGGGGGCCGACAGAGGACGGGGUGACCCCGGAGCGAGGUGACAAUGGCAGCACCAAUGCAAUGGAGAACGGGACUGGCCUCAAGCCCAAAAACCGCAGCGCCCCAGGUGUUGACAGGGAUGCUCACAGUCCUCGCCUGGGCACCAGCACGCAAGCACACAGUGGUGUCAGCGUCGCAGGUCCCACCCCGGCCAGCUCAGAGGGCAGCGGCGACCUGGAUUUGGUAGUUGAAGUCGAUGGUGGUGUUUCCAUUCUCCCCCAGGGCGCACGCCCCAGUGAGGCCAUGGUGGGGAACAGGUCCGGUGUCAGGAGUAAGGACAGGGAUAAUGAUGCCCCUGGGGGGAUUCCAGUGGAGGGGGCCACAACAGCCGGGAGGGAAAGGGUCCCCAUCACCAGAGGGGCUGGGGACGAGGGCAGCGGCGAGGACACUGUCCCUGGCCAAGGGCAGGAGGGCAUCAUGCGGGGCACAGGGAUGGGAGGCCCCGCUCUCGCCUCUGUCACCGAGAAGAUGGAGGACGUCCAAGUUGACGCCGAAGGUGUGGAUGAAUACGCUUACAUCCCCGACUCGGGCAGCGUCACUGUCACCCGCGGGAAGGUGGGAAGCACAGUGAGGGCCACCAGCUUCACCCAAACCUCUCCGGACAAUGACGAUGAGGUCAACAUCUUCAUUGGGAGGGCCAACAUCCAUGUGGGGGAACAAGAAACCGCCCGGGCUGGUGCCACUGAGACAACGAGGAUGGUGCCACCACUGUUGGUGAUGGAGAAGGACCGGUGGCCCCCGGCCCCUGGGGAGUCACUGGUGGUCACGUUACCGUCCCCGCAGGGCCUGGCAUCCGUGGGAAUAGUGACGAUGAGGCGAGAG